UCAAAGGUUUCCAUUCCGCCGGAGGCGCGCUUGUCGUUUCGAAUGGUGGAUUCGCGAACUGCUGGUUUAUCCGCUGUAGCUGAGUUCGAGUUCAGCGCUGUUUCCUCCUGAGUGAAACUUUCUUCGCUUGAGGCUUCUUAUUCCCAGGAGGGAACCCAAUUUCUGGGCAUAAAAAUGACUGGCAACUCACCACAAAUACAGAUCUGUCCCUACUGCAAAAAGCAGUUUAAACGUCUCAAGACUCACCUGCCUCACUGUAAGAUGGCAGAUAGUGAAGAUUCAAGAGCAGCUUUGCCUCUCCUCAGAAAAGCCUGUGAUUCUGUUACAUCUAAGCAGCUAAGUACUGAGAAAAAUACACGGCAGAUCAGACGCUUAGAAAUUUCCUCCGAAGAAGAAAGCAAAAAGACUAAAACUGAUUUGGUAACAAAAAAAGGAAGAAGAAAAAAUAUUGGAGUAACUGGAACAGUUGUAAACAGCAGUCUGGCAGAAGAUAAAGAUACAGAAAAGAAAAUGAAAAGUGCUAGUGAAAAGUCUCCCCAAACAAGAGAAAAUAAAGAAAAAGCUUCAGAAGAGCUUUCAGCACCAGUAGAUAAAAGGCUGUUUCCAAAAAUAAAUCUUCCAGAGAAGUUAUCCACAGUCGAAAAAAACAGUAGAGCCUUUUUACCUAAAGAAGAGAUUAUACCUGGUCUUAGUUUAGAAUCAUUGACACAAAGUGGAAAAGCCACAUCAGAAUCAAAUCAGAAACCCUAUGCAAAACAGAAACAGAACAUAGAGUCACUGGGAGAGCAGCAUGCAUCCCUUUCAACAAAUAAUUUCAUUGAGAGUCUUCAACCAAUUCAUCAAGGACUUGGUGGCAGAAUAGAACAGAUCACUGCCUCUCAUCAUCAAGUGACAGCAUUAGAAAACAAAUGUGAAUCCUCUGGUCAUAAUAGAUUGUCAAAUGAAAGUAUACUUGAUAACAGUAAGACAGGACAGUGGCCUCUGAAAUCAGUGACAGGAGGAGCAAACAUUGCUUUGGCCAACAGGCAGCAAAUUAUUACCGGCCAUGUGGACAAGAACAUUUUAGAACUUGAAGGAAAUGUCAAAAACGGAAGCACAGAAAAUGACCUGUCCACAAUUAAAGCAAGCGCAUCACAGGACCAUGUUGUUGUAGACAGCUAUGGAAGGGUUACCAGAGGUCCAGUCCACUUGUUUAAAAGUAAGUUAAAUGCAAAUUCUUUAUUUCUCAAAGCAGAGGAUUAUCCUAAGACACACCUCUUUGAUCCAGAUCCUAAACCAAAUGUGUGUCCCACGUUCACAGAAAUUCUCAGAGAAAUGAGAGUGGAUAAAACGUCUAUUAGCUACUUAAGUGCUUUGGAGAAAAAUACAGAUUUGUGCUCAAGAGUCUUUGAGACAAAAGAAGGUAAAAAGUCAGUGACGGGCUUAAAAAAACCCUCACUGCAAGAGUUAGAAAUGACUACUUUUCCAGAACAAAAGAUAAAACUAUCUUCAUUAGGACUGGAGUGGUUCUCUGAACUGUAUCCCAAUUACCAGAGACUGGGCUUAUUUUUAGAGAGACAAUCAGAGUGGGAUACCAAAAUAUCAGAACAUCACAUUCUGCUUUGUGGCGGUCAGAAAGCCUGGAACGGAUAUUUGAACAGGAGCAUCAAUGUGAAAAAGUAUGGAUUGCCUGGGAUUUCUCUGCUGCUUCUAGGCUUAUGUACCCUUGGCUAUGCCUGGAGAUAUGAUCACAUUAAAUUUAAGCGGAGGAAAUACCCAGAUGAAGAUGCAACAGUAUAAAUGUUACACAUGUGCGUACUGCUCUAUCAUGCACCUCAUCUUGGAUCUGGUCAGUAAAAUGGACAUUAUCUGUGCUGCAGAAGUUACAUGAAAAUAUUUUGAUUAGUAAUUUGGCAUCUCUUUAGAAAAGGUAAUCUCCCAUGGUAUGGAUAUUUUUUGCUGAUAAAAAAAAACAAUCUCUAAUCCUGACUUUUUUUGGGCAGGAUCUGAUGUCCAUUUUGCACCAUCUGCAGUGUUAUUUGAGAUUUCUUUUGACCUGUGGAAUGUAAUUAGUUGAGAAAGUGCUCUCUGGGAUGUCCUCUGCCACCUGGGUCCUCUGGAAGUGCUGGGAGUAGAAGAGCACAGUGGGCCACGUCCAGGAAAUGGUCUCAGUCGGGGAAGACAAGAAAUCCCACUCCAGUACAUUAGGGCUUGAUUUUCUUCCCUGUCCUGUUAAAACAUUCAUGUGAAACUGCUGGGAGAGAUCCUCCUUUGGUUUAGUAAGAUACCACCAGUAUGUUAAUGAGCCAUAGCUCUUCAUUACACUGGAAGCUCAACUGGGGGAAGUGUGGAAGACCUGACUUGAAUGGAACAAAGCCGACUAAAUUGAAACCUAACUAGACAGAGUUACUGUUCUUUUCAUUUAUUGUGGAGCAGGUGGUUCCUUAUAGCAGUGGUCCCCAGCCUUUGUGCUUUGAUGGGCCAACACAGUGCACAUGUAGCCCUUGCAUGAGGAGUAGGGUGGCGUGGACAUGAAUGCUCACCAGCCUACCGCUCGCGCAAGUUGACCCGCACACACCUGCAAACUCCAGCCAGCCACUCACAGGGUCCAAUUCCGAAUAGGCCAUGUUGGGGAGGUUGGGGGCCCCUGUUUUAUAGAGCCAGGCUGUAAGCCCUUUUUAGUUUUGAAUUCUGAAACAAACUUUUUGAACCUGAUAUAUGUAGAAAAUAAUUACCAAGAUAUUUGCAUUCUAGUGUAAUCUUCAUUGUUUUCAUCUAGUUGCUACAGACUGAACUUUUCAAAUAUGUUACAGGUAUAAUUGUAUAUUUGGUAUUUUGCAAUGGCCUCAGUAAUACAUAUUCAAAAUGUAACUGUUUGUUACAAAAUCAGACUUUUUAGGAGUGGCUGCUGUGCAAAUACAGAGCUUACUAUUGCUGUCGCCUUGAAAGUCCAGUCACAACACUGAAUCAAAGAACGCUCCUGGCUGCACAUUAGCAGUAGCACAGCUUCCAUCUCAAAUAAUUCAAAUCAAGAGUCUCAAGCCAAGCUUUCAGCUAACCACCAGCAUUGCCAUUUUGUGGAAUUCAUUUUGGUUUGUCCUUUAAUUCAGCUUAUUAUUUUGCUCAGGCCACCUGUCAGCCACUUCCUUGUAUUAAAUCUUGAAAAAUGAGAUAAUACUUGGGCCCAGCAGCUUCCUGUAGCUAUUAAAUAAGAAAUACCUCCAGAGGAUUCUGUCUUAUUUCCAACAAAGUAAAGUGUGAAUUGCAAUGGUUUAAUUUGGCCCAAAUAUCAGUAUCAUUCAGCUAAAUAUUUGAGACAGGUGUUUUUGGGGAAGCAUGGAAUCCAUCUCCAGAUACAGAAAAGGCAUAAUUUUUCAUUGUAUUUGAAGGUAACACACAGGGAAUGGGAAGCUUUGCUGCAUGCACAAUUGUACGUUCCAGUACUUUAUUACUACCUAUCAUCAGGCCCAUUACUUGCUUCCUGCUCAGUUGUCACGAUGCAUCAAUGUUAGCACCAGUGAGCAUCUUACAAACAAAGCAGUGCGUGUUUGUCACAAAAUUUGGCCUGUACAGCACAAUAUUUGGUUGCCUCUCUGACUAUUCGACUGAUCAGAUGGUUUCUCUAAUGUUAGUGUAUAUGAUUCAUUGGAAGAAAAUGAUUAAGCAAGAUAGCUACCUCAUUAAGGCCUGCAUCAAGCAAGCAUCAUUACCCUCGGGGUCCCAUCUCAGGGUAGGUGUGGAUGGGAGGAAGAACUCUCUGGGUAGUGCUUUCACUGCCAUCUGUUAUCUCAGAAAGAUGGUUGAUUCUGGCCUUCCACGCAAGCAAGAUGAGAUAAUAUGUGCAAAUCUGGCCGACUACACUGCAGAGUUGCCUUGCGGCAAGAUGGACAGCAAAUAAUUUUAUAAUAUAAUAUAAACAAAUUUAAUAGAUAAAGAUGCCGUUAAUAUCAUCUACUUUAUACAUUAUAGAUCUUAUUCAGAUAUAUAUAUACACAGUAUAUGGAAUGGGUACAGUCUGGCACUCAUCUUGGAAUAAGGUAGUUUCUUCUGGAACAUUGCCUCAAGGAAAGUGGGAGCAAAUUCACUUCCUUGACUUUUGGUAAAAUGGCUUUCUGUGACUUGCCGCAUUCCUUAUGACUGAAUGAAGAAUGGUCCCUCUUGGCAACAAUUGUGGGGACAUGGAUGACAUACUUCAAGAAUUCCAAGUAAACCUGGUGUUGCCUAUCUUUGCUAUAGACAAUGUCCUACUAUAGUUAAACUGAUGAGGUUUGUCAAAUCAAUCAUGACACAAGGCAGACGCAGCAGGUGAAUUGCUUUUUUUCUUAGAGCUUUGCUAACACAAGGAAAGCAAAAAUGGAUUCAGUCAGUGCAAUGUUAAACAGAUACCAUCAAGUAAUCAAUAAUAUUACAACAGUGGUUUUUAAAAUGUAUUAUAGAAGAGAAGUAACAUUAAUAAUACAGUGUAGUGCUUCUGGAGAAAGAAAUUCAUGCGAUUAAGUAGUUCAAAUGAUAUUUGAUCAAAAUCUUGUCUCUAGUGUCAAAAAAAAGGCAUUUUUUUAAACCAAAGCUGAUUUUUUUUUGUACUCAAAUAACUGUGGGUUUAUUUUUCACUUUAGAAUUAGCUGUGAUAACCUCAUACCUUCAGUUGUUUGGCCUUUAUUAUAAAAAGUGGGAUUUUUUUCUCCCUUGACAAUAGUUGGGAGGUUUCGUGCUCAUCUUGACUGAUUGUUCCAAAGGUGCUUUUCUAUGUCAGCAGGGUCACCUGAGUGGUGCAAAUGGGUGUGGAGCCUUUUUGGAACUGUUGAAAGGACUGUGUUAUAGAUUGGAGAUAGAUGUUGUAUCCCUCCCUCUCUGUUGAGAGAGGG